GUUGAUUUCUCCUUCGAAGAGUCCACGAUUUUUGGUAUAUUUUUGUGUGACAAAAUGUAUCAUGCUUUGAAAGGUGUGGAAAUCGAAAAGAUAAUGGCCACAAAUAGAGAAAGGAGAGCCGCAGAACGGGAUGAUGCAGAUGCAGAUGCAGACACAGACGCAGACACAGACAAAGACAAAGACAGCAACGGGGACGAAGGGGGGAAGCAAGCAUCUAAGCUGCAGGAAAACGGAGAAACAACUGGGUACUGGGAAAAUACAGGCAUGGACGUCCCGAAUUACGGACCUGAUUGCUCUGACACUUCGAUAAACGGGCUUGAGAAAAGGCGUAUGGAAAGACACGCGGAGUCGGAGAAAUCGUCGAACGCAAUAGCAGCAGGGGAAGCGGAGGAGCUUCUCCGAUUCAUUGAGCGUGCCAAGACUCGUGGGUUCAACCCUUGGGAGUUUGUGAAGGAGCGGAGGGCUAUAUUUGCACGGUAUAACAGGAGGCUGAAAGAGCUUUGUGCGAUCGACUUUGAUGAUAUGCUCCAGCUUUUUCUGGAACUGCUGCAAAACCAUCCACAAGUCAUGCGAAAAUUCGGAGAACAAUAUGAGUACAUCCUUAUUGACGAGCACCAAGACACGAACACCGUCCAACAAAGUGGGAAGGACACUAGCCCCUACACCAAGGAGCAGCAAGAAAAGAUGGUCGCCUUAGUUAAGGAGAAUAGGGAGAGAAAAAAGCGCGAGAAGCAAGCGAAGUUAAAAGCUAUCGCAGAUGAGCAGGCGGCCAAGAUGAAGGAGUUGGAAGAGGAGAUGGAGAAAAGGAAGAAGGCUGCUGAAGAAGAAGCGGCAGCAGAAGAAGAAAAAGAGAGGAUGAGGAUUGAAAGUGGAGAAGGGAGCAGUGGAGGCACGAUGAAGAGGGACAUAGAUGCAGAGAUGGAGAAGAAGAUCAACGACCUGGAUGGAGGAGCGUCAGGCAAGUUGGAGCCAAGACGUUGCUUGAGUGCUUUGCGGUCGGGGUUCAGAGACUUUGCGCGCGAAAUCGUCACCCAUAUUGGGAGCGAAGUUGGGCAAUUGAGGGACAAUGUAGGGAAGUUCUGUGAGGGCGCCAUUGAGGGCGCCAAAGCAAUAGCUGUCGUAGAGGGCGAGGGCAGACCCCGUAAAGAGCCUGUAAAGCUUAAGUUCCCAGACGCAUACGGGGGUAAGAAGGAAGAGAACUUUGACAACUGGGAGGCCAGUGUCAACAGUUAUAUAUAUUUACAGCACAUCCUGCCAGAGGAACGAGUCCUCGUGGCCUUCCAGGCCCUCAAGGAUGAAGCGACUAGUUUCGCCAGGUCCCUUGCGCGCGCAGUCGGUUGUGAAAACAACCUGGUUGCAUAUUCAAAAGUCAUCCCCCUCUCUCAAUUCCUCAAGCUCCUGAAGGAGCGAUUUGCCGACCCAACGAGAGGCGUUCGCGCCUCUGACAAGCUACAAACGAUCCACUCACGACAGUGGAAGAGUGCGAGAGCACUCAAGGGUACUAUGGACGAUUUAGUAGCCGUCCCGGACCAUGGGUUCACUGAGACCCAAUUGGUCCAGUUAUUUUAUCGUGCCAUGCCAGAGGCCCUGCGUGGGCAUUUCUUUGAUAAGUCUCAACAGGUCGGCAUCAUGUAUGAUGCAUUAAGUAGAGAAGUCGUCCUGUAUGAGUCAAAGCCCAUGCCAGUUACCACUUUCUGGCAUAAGGACUUGGACAAGGGGAAGACGUGGAAAGGGCGUACCAUCUCAGGCCAAGUGAGGGCCAAGGAUCAUAUGAUCCUUACCCUAGAGGAAGGUGGUACUGAUGAGGUCCCAUACAGUCAGAUUGAGUGGGGCCUAGAGGAGGAGGACAAUAGUGUGGGACAGGGGAGGUCUUAUGCUGCUGUCGCGGUUGGAGGGAGGCCGCAAGGUAGAGGAGGAGGCCAGGGCCUAAGGGGCCAGGCCAUGGGAGGUCGAGGACCGGGCGCCAGGGCCAAAGGGGCCAGGCCAUGGGAGGUCGAGGACCGGGCACACAGGGGGUUGGCGGCCAAGGAAGCCGCCAAGCGGGAGGUAGGGGUCAAGGUCCCCCACCAAAUCGCUAGGGUAAUCGGUCCCCGCAACGACGAGGUGGAAGGGCACCUCAAGGAGGUUGGCACCCAGGCUUGCCACAGGGCAGACCCUGGGAAGACUUGGGCCUGGACCAACGUUUAUGACAGGAACGCGUGGACCAGGGAGCAUCAGGGUCAUAUGAGGCAGGUCUUGGAGAAGCUACGAGAGGCUAACUUCGAGAUCAACGCGAAGAAGUGCGAGUGGGCCAACACACAAGUCUUGUACUUGGGCCACGUAUUAGACGGAGAUGGCAUCAAGCCAGAGGACAGCAAGAUAGCGACGAUUAGAGACUGGCCGACGCCCCGCACAUUGACAGAGUUGCGGUCGUUUCUAGGCCUAGCUAACUACUAUAGGAAGUUCGUCAGAAACUUCUCUACUAUCGCCGCUCCCCUGCGCAAGUUGCUUAAGAAAGAGGCAAUCUGGCAAUGGGACAAGGAUUGUACAUCUGCGCUCAAGAGACUGAAACGCGCACUAAUAGAGUACCCUGUCCUCAAAGUAGCAGAUCCGUCCUUGCCAUUUGUCGUCACCAUGGACGCGAGUCAGUAUGGAAUAGGCGCCGUGUUGCAGCACGAUGACGGCAAUGGCUAUAGACCCGUAGAGUUCAUGUCCGCGAGGAUGCCCUCAGACAAGGUAGCCACCUUGACGUACGAGAGAGAACUCUACGCUCUCAGGCAGGCUCUAGAGCACUGGAAGCAUUACCUGCUUGGGAGGCACUUCAAAGUGUAUUCUGACCAUGAGACACUUCGUUGGUUAAAGACCCAGGCCAAGAUGACACCUAAGUUGACUAGGUGGGCAGGACCAAUAUGUUACGAUCCUGGUCAUUUCCCAAGUGCAAAUUCACAAUGAAAGAAAAUGCCACCCAAUUGCGAAAGAAAUGAAAGCACUUGCAAGAG